AUGAGUGAUGAAGAGGAUGUUUCUACCGCCAGUGAGGAAGAUGCCGACUUUUCUGCAAGUGAAGACGAAUGGCUACCAACAAAAGAUACCAAGAAGAGUAAGGCCGGCAAAAAGUCCAAGGCCGAAAGUAGCUCCGAUGAGGAUGAGGAUGACGGUUCCUCGUCCCUGGAGGACAGCGACCUGGAAGAUUUUGAUAGCAAUCGGCCAAAGAACAAAGGAAAACAUUCAUCAUCCAGGAAAAGACCCGCGACCGGCAAGGCUACUCCAACCCAAAAGGGGCAAUUGUUGUCGGGCAACAAAAGAAAACGUUUGGCUCCAGGAUUGCGGGAUCGACUCUAUCAGCAGUAUAAAAAGGAUUUGCUUAAAGAAAUAGCUCCCACAAAGCCUCCCCUUAACAGUAGCGUUAGCGAUAUUUUGCAGAAGUGCCAGUACCAACGGAAAUCCUCGGGCGGUUCGCAAUCUGUGGGUGACGAUUCAGACAGUAGCGGCGACGACCAUUUGGUUGAUCCGGAAAAGUUGGAUCUAGGUGCAACGUUCUUUAAAAAGGAUGAAUCAAGCAAACCAUCGGGUAGCACAGCCGGACCGCCACAGUUCGACGUGAACGCCGGAAUGCGACUGUCGGAUAGCUCGGAAGGUGAGGAAAAUGUUGGCGAAGAAUCAUUGCCAGCCUCAAUCCAGAAGCGGGCUGCUGACAAAUUGAUCAGCCAUCUCAAUCAUCAAUCGAGUGAAUUCAUGAAUUUUACUAAUCUCGACCAGUUCACGGCAAAGGUGGAGGAGGCAAAGAAGUUGCUGAAAAGCUACCAGCAACGGGAAAACGUCGGUAAAGAGUCGUCCGGGGACAUCCAGCCAACCAGCGUACCGCAGGAGAACGUGUCCAGUUUGUUGGCAAUGGGUGAGAAGGAUGCGGAGAGAUUAGCAGAAGUAAACCAGCAAGUAUCCGGUCCGGAGUGUGCUGGCGAUAGCACGGACUCGGAAUGGGAAGAAGUACAAACCUGCGAUGAUAAAGCGGCGGAAAAGAAGGACGAUAUGAAUCCUCCCAAGGAUUCUACCGGUGGGUGGCAAGUGACGAUCGAGAUGGAAACAGCACAAAGCAAAAGAAAGCGUCGAGAAGAGAUGGAAAUGGAACUGUACAUAAAGAGAGAAAUUAAUCGAGUGAAGCGGAAACAACAGCUAAACUAUCACAAAAGCAGUGUGUUGGGUGCUAUCUGCAUUGGGCAACGUUUAAAUAGCAUCCUUGGCGGGAGUCAAUUGCGCUGCCUACUGAUGUCGUUAAUGCAGACCAAAUGUGCCGAGUCGAAAGUAAAAUGGGACGACAAGCAGAUGAAGAGUUUAGCCAAGUGGUUCAAGGAGCAGUUUGUGCUCGUUUCGAAUGAUUUUAUAGCGCCCCGGAAUGGGUGCCACUUAAGCUUUGUGCUUUCGUUGGCUGUAUACACGCGUCAAGUAUCCUGUCGCCAUGAUUACAUACUGCUCUUUUUGGCGUGUCUCCGCAUAGCUGGCGUACCGGCACGCCUCGUUCUAUGCGCCAACGUACCACCGAAAAGACCGGCGAUGAGUGACCUUUGUCCUAUGUCCGAGCGUCAGAUAAAGGAAAAGUUUGAGAAGCGCCUUUCGAGCGGGAACGCAGAUGCACCGCAAAAAGGUGUUCGCGAUGAAGCACCUGCCGGCACAGUACAAAAUCAAAGCAAGGUAUUGGACGAAGCUUACGUACCGAAACCAGACAUAACUCCGAUUUCAGCUGAAAGUGAAGGAAAAAAAGAAAAGUCUGCUGUAUCGAUAGCGGCCAAAGAAAAUCCUGCACCAGCGAGACGCUCCUUACGACACGACAGUACCGCACAACAACCCGGCAAAGAACUGGCAAAGAUGCCCACAACAAGAAGGAAGGCACUGUCCACACUAAACAUUCCACAGUUGGAUGGUGGUGACGAUCGAAUUGUGGCUAGCGAAAACAACCUUCCCGUGGCUCGUUCCUUACGUUCCAGAUCUGUAGCAAAAACUCUAACACCAUCACCCGGAUCGUCACCAUUCGCAAAGCGAAAAUCAAACACAAAAACCACGGUGGGAACUGCUGGUGGACCAAAAUCGCAAACUAAUCCAACACGCAAGAGGAAACUGUUUACUGCUCAGCCAGAAGUAGUAUCGGAACCGGCGGUGGUAACAACACGCACAUCAGCGAGAAAAGCCGGAAAGCAAGCACCGAUUCAGAAGGAGGAAAAAGAACCAACUGUUAAGCGAAGAACGAUGCGUCGCGAUCCACCGUCCGAUAACGAUGAUGAUGCGUUUGAGCUGAAGAACAAACCAAAGGGCAACAAAACCGUUAAGAAAGCCCCCGGUAAUAGCAUUCCAGUUGAACAGGAAGGCAAAAUCAAGAAAGUUCCAAGGAUUGUGUUGAGCGACAUUGAAAAAUCUCCCGAAGGCAAAGAACUUCUUGCAAGCCUGUCUCCUAAAGCGGAAGUAAUCGGUUCGGGUAAAAAGCCAAAAACGGCCGUAACGAAGCGACGUGCAGCAGCACAGAAGAAAAGCUACAACGUAACGUCGGAUCCAUCCGACGAUAGUGACUUCGAGGCGAGCAGAGCAUCUUCCAAGGAAGCCAAGAAAAGGUCCAUUUCUGCAACGGCCAAAACGACGAAGAAAUCUCCAUGCGCCAGUCGCCAAAAGUCCACCGGUCAGCAGGACAAUCUGCGAAAUACGGAUCUUUGGAUUGAAUUCUACAACAAUAAGUUGAAACGAUGGAUCACAUUCGAUCUCGCCACCGAACAGAUCGAUUGUUUGGAUUUGAUUAAGCGAAACGCAACAAGCCCAAUAUCUUACGUGUUUGCCUGGGACAAUGAAGGCCACCUGAAGGACGUAAGUGCUCGCUACGUCAAAAAUUGGAAUACGGCUUGUCGGAUGCUGCGGGUCGAACAGGCCUGGCUUGAUAACGCGCUGCGUCCGUUCGCGUACGAAAAGUCCGAAUCGGAUCUGCUGGAAGAAAAGGAACUAAACAAGCUGGACGGCGACAAACCACUGCCGACGACGAUCAACGAGCUGAAAAAUCAUCCACUGUACGCGUUGCGGCGCCAUCUGCUCAAAUUCCAAGCACUCUACCCAGCAGAACCACCGACGCUUGGGUUCGUCCGUGGCGAGGCAAUAUAUCCACGCGAGUGCGUUCAUACGCUGCAGACACGCGAGAAAUGGCACAAGCAGGGUCGAGUUGUGCGUGCAUUUGAAAAAGCGUACAAGGUGGUCAAAUGCUGGAGGUACGAUCGCCCGACCAAUACCUGGCUACCGAACCAACCGUGUGACAUCUUCGGGUUUUGGCAGACGGACGAAUACGAUCCACCAACGGCCGAAAAUGGACUGGUGCCCCGGAACGAGUACGGCAACGUGGAACUGUUCACCGAAAAGAUGCUUCCGAAGGGAACGGUCCAUCUGAAGCUGCCGGGAUUGAACAAAGUUUGCAAACGCCUUCGAAUUGAUUGUGCCCCCGCGGUGACUGGGUUCGAAAUGGCCAAGAUGCGCAUGAUACCGGUGUACGAUGGGUUUGUCGUGUGCAAGGAGUACGCGGAGCAAGCAGUCGAAGAAUGGUACAAGGACAUGGAAAAGGAAGAAAUCCGCGAGCAGGAAAAGCUGGAAAAACGCGUAUACGGUAAUUGGAAGCGAUUGAUUAAGGGAUUGUUGGUGCGACGGAAGCUUCAGCACAAGUACAAUUUCGAUAGUUUAGCGCUGUAA